CGACACACCAGUUUUAUUUGAGACGUCGUUGGAGGAACGGACCUAUUAAGUGCUGAAGACCCUGGCCGGAUGGUCCGCCUAUGACACCUCGAGAUGGUUCGCGAACUUCGAGAGGCUGAAAGCAAACUCAGCUGUGGUGGUCCAACUCAUCAAAACUGGCAGGUUCUUUUUGAGGCAAGUACCUCGGAACAGGGGUACACGUACCCCGUUUUGUUCAUUGGGGUCAUGUCACAUUAGUAGGGAGUGGUCCGGGUCCGUGCGGAGCUGACCUCGGAACUGACCCCGGGCGGUAGUUUGGUGUCUUCACCGGUUCCGUGGCCUCGGCUCCAUACAUCACCUGGACCUGCUGGGAAAUGACCAUGACCUAUGGCCAUUACGACCCCAUGCGACCCGUUGGACCGGGAAAUGGAGCACACUCCUCCUGGUCAUGUGCCCGACCGGCUCCGGUCACUCGUGCCGCGCGCUGGUGAUUCGCAGGAGGGCUGUGAAGAAUGGCAUUUCCGCCAGCACCGUGGACUUCCUCCGCAUGACCCAAGAGUUUAGUCAAGAUGCGGAGGAGAACACCUGUGAAGUUUUAGCCUCCAAUGCUCUCUUCAGGCAUUGUGAUGCCCUUCUGCCAUAUACAGCUGCGCCCAAGGCGCCGCGCGUGAAUCUGAAACCCAAAGAGGUCUUAGAGCUUCAGAACCGGGGUCCGGUCUACAUCAUCGAGAGUGGCGUCGUGGAGGCACAAGUGGGCGACGGCCCCGUGGUCGUGCUGGGUGCGGGGCAGGUUCUCAAUGCCGUUGGCUUCUUGGGCAUUGCUCACGAGGCAGAACCGUUCAAACCAUCGGGCCUCGAUGCGCCUGCACUUCAAGCACCUAAGGCAGUCACUUCAGGAGCCUAUGAGCUCUUUAAGCCUGGGCAGGCGCCCUUUUCGCUCUUUGCGGAGCGCCGUGGUGGUCGGCAUGAAAUGGUUGGACCAGCUCCUGGGAAGGUGUGCUUCGAAGAUACCAUGUGCUUCUUCUCCCUUUGCCCCAACGCCGUGAGCAAGCUGGGGCCGCCGGGCUUGGCGCCCAAGAUGAAUGGUUGGCUACCGCUGCGGAUUGUGGGUGGCCCGGCGCCGAACGAGGAGGAGGAAGAAGAGGAGGAAAGCAGCUGUACUGGAGGCUGGCGCCUCCAGCCGGGCGGCGGUGCCCGACUCGUGGCUCUCGAGCUUGCUUUGGUGGAAGAAGUGGGGCGCUGCCUGGGCGAGGAAGGCGAGCGAGCCAAAGCGCUCCGGCAAGCCUUGGCCAUCUUCAGAGAGCAGAGCCAGGUGCUGAGCGACCGUUGGCGCUCGAUGAUCACCCGCUGCUGCGGUGCCUUUCCUGGGAUGCCGCCGGAAGUGGUUUGGGCCAUCGCCGAGCACGCGGAGCAGUGCGAAGUGCCGGCCGGAGAGGUCUUCAUCAAAGAGGGCGAUGAUGACGAAGACCUGGUGCUCAUCGAGGAGGGUGUCGCAAUUGUGGAGAAGACCGUGGCGAAUGGAGAUCGGCCCAGCAGCGUGGAGAUCGGCAAGUUGGGUGCGACGGCCAUCAUCGGCGACAUCGCCCUGAUUGGCGCUGCGCUGCCACGUCCCGCCAGUGUCCGGGCGGGGAACGUCACAGAGAUUUUGCGCAUCCCCGCGACCGCCCUGGCAGAGGUGCUCAGGCGCUUCCCGGGCUGUUUGCAAGGCAUCACCGCGCGGCUCAAGGAGGCUGGGAACUUCCUCAUGAUGAAGAUGCCGGUAAGGUAUGAUGUGGUGAACUCCCUCGAAGUCUUCGCGGAGACAGAGGUUAGCUUCAAGAAAGAGGUGGCGGCGCACGGGCGGCGAUACGUGUGCACCAUUGGCGAGGUGGUGGCCGAUGGCAUCCAGCCUUCAGAUGAGUGCAUCUAUGUGAUGGAAUAUGGCGUUUGUAGCCUUCAAAAUGAGAUCCGUCAAGAGCUGGAAGAGGUCUCCACCGGUUCGGUCUUCGCGGUGAACGACACGGUGUUUGGCAUCGCCCGAACGCCUGGGACCAUCGCGCAGGUGGUGAGCCCCUUUGCCGCUAUCAUGGAGAUUCGCCAGAAGGACCUCGCCGACGCCUUGCAACGCCAUUAUGACCAGAGGAGGCCACCUCCCUUUUCCGCGGAAAUCUUGCCGCAAGCAAGCUCGUUGCAACACUUGGUUGCCAUGACAGACAUUUUCAGCAAGGUUUCCAUGAACUUUGUACAGGACUUGUGCGCCCACGCUCGGAUCCGAAGUUACCUUCCUGGACAGACCUUGUGCAUCCAAGCCAAGCAGGACAAGGGGCAGAUGUUCCUGGUGCGCGGCGGUUCCUUGGUCGUGGAGAAGGACGGACGGCGGCGGAGCGAGAUUGGCACUUGCAUCGGUGACCUGGUGAUCCUCGGUGCGGAGCACCAACGGCCCUGCACGGUUCGCGCCCAAAGUUUCGUCUUCACCCUGGAGAUUCCCCGGAGCGCCCUGCUGCAGGCCAUCGACCGGCAUCCUGAAUGCAGACGGGCGCUGGAGAACUAUGCGCUGCAGACGAUUGGCCAGUACGAAGAUCAGGGCGGUGGCGUGCAGUGGCCCAUGCAGAAGGCGGCACCGCAACGCCUCAGCUACUUGCUGAACCUCUACGCAGGUGUGAAGUUGUACGACCCCGCAGAGUCGGAUUGGAAGAGGUUGGCAGAUGAGUCUGCGGUUCUGGUCGUACAAGGAGAAGCCUUGGUGAUGGAUGAAGAUGGCAAGGAGGUGGAAGUGCUGCGGAUCGGAGACACCUUUAACGAGCAGAUCUUGCUGGGCAUCCCCGGUGGUCGCACGGUGAGCGGUCUCAGGUUUCACAUCCAGACCCCUUGCGAGUUGCAAUUUGUCUCCUUGGCCGUUUGGGAGAAGGUGGUCUCAGACUUUCCACAAGACCAGGAACUGAUCUUCCGCAGCAUUCGGGAUACCAUGGCCCGAAAGGCAGCGAAGAAGCACGGCCUCUCUAUGUCCUCCCCGGAGAUGGUUCGCAUGUCUUCGCUCUUGCGAUACCUUUCGGACGAAAGCAUCCAGGACUUGGCGAAGCACUUCGAGCCCAUUGUGGUGAAGCCCUUUGCAGAGAUCAUCACCAAGGGCAAGCCUGAUGGCGUGAUGUAUAUAUUGCUUUCCGGUUCUGUGUACAUGGAAGCAGGCCGGCGACGCCAGGAAUACGCCGCGGGCCAGGUCUUUGGCGAAGCUGAAGCGCUGCGAGUCUCCAAGGCAUACAACAACACCAUCUAUGCCAACAACCUUUGCGUCCUUGCGGCCUUGUCCAGCGUGGAUUUGUGGAAUGUGGUGCAGGAUCACCCCGAAGAUUCCUUGUUGUUGGAGCCGCUCUGCAACGUCGAGGAGGAUCACGAUCAUUCCAGGUUGGACGACCGGAUCUUCCGACUUCCCAUGAGCGCGGAGAUGUCCUUGGAGUUUCUGGGGAUGCUUUGCGAGCACAUCGAGGAUGCCUUCUUUGGUCCCGGCGAGGCGAUCUUCAGCUACGGGGAGCCCUGCGAGUAUGGCGUCAGUGACAUGUAUGUGCUGUUGGCUGGGGAAGUGGACAUUGAGACAGACUUGGGUGUUGUGGAGGCGCGGCUGCAGCCGAGCGAGGUCUUCGGCGAGGGUGGCUCCAUGGGCGCGACGCGGCGCAACGCCUCGGCGCGCGCCUGGCGCAGCGCGUACGUGCACUGCGCGCGGAUCCAAGGGGCAUCGAUUAUGAGCGCCUUCAAGAAGUUUCCACAGGAGACGGAGUGGUUUGAAGAGUUGCAAGACAGUCGCCGGGAGCAGAAUGCCGAUUUCAUGGCUCGCCGCAACCAGUGGCUGAGCGAACGUGUGAUCCCUGCACUUGCGAAGGUCAGUCUCCUGCAGGGCCACGACCUGAGCUUCUUGACGGAUCUGGCUGCUCCGCUCAUUGAGAAGCCCUUCGCCGCCGGCGAGGUCAUCGCUCAGAAAGCCGCUGAGACCGAUGCCAUGCUGGUGCUCUUGGACGGUGAAGCUAGGAUCGAGGUGCAGAACGGGAAGGUCAUCGGCGAGCCGUACGAGGAAGGCUCCUACUUCGGAGAGAUGGCGAUGUUGGGUCUGCAGCCGACGAACCCGGCCACCGUGCGGGCGGCCACCGAAUGCAGGACCUUGUCAGUGCGCCGGAGCGCCCUCCAACGCUCCUUGGCGUUGCCGCAGCGCACCGCGCAGGAACGCGAGGACUUCCAGAGGAUCCGUGCCGAGCGUAUCGCACAGGUGGAGGCGGGGAUUCCGAUGACCUGCCUCCCGGUGGCCGUGCGCAAGGACGACUUAUGUGCAAAGGCGAUCGCACUACAGGCGGAGUUGAAGCAGAUGAAGUCGGGUGAAUGCUGGGACUUAACCGUAGGCGGCUACUUCUGUGUCAUCACUGAGGGACGAGCGAUACUCGAGUUGGCAUCGGAGAACGAGCGCUUGAGGCGUCUGGGCGGUGAUGCCACUCCAGCAGUCCCCGUGAUGCCACUCAGCAGUGGUGGACUGGUCCUCGAGGACCUGGCCGCUCAGUUGGGCUGCCGCGUGCGGGCCUUGUCGCACCUCAAGGUGCACCGCGUCCGCUACAGCGAUUUCAAUGUGGCCACUACCUUGGAGUCCUGCUCGCAGGAGUGGCUGGCACGCUUUCGGAUGCUGGAAGCAGAUACCCAGGAGCACUUGGAACAUCGAGGAGGUGCUGCGCGAGGAGUAGUGGACGCACUCCAGGAGCAUGUCUUCAACGAGGAUCUGACCGCUUACGGCGAACGUCGGAUGAAGGCCAUCUCGGUGACUCGGUCGAUGAAGCUGAAGCGGGGCACGCUGUUGCACGACUUCUCGGUGGUGCCCUCCGAGCGGCUGGGGCGGAUGCCGCAUCCCAUCGUGAACGUGGCGCCCAAGAGCUGGAAGAUGCCCUCGGUGCCGCGCCAGGCCUCCGCCCCUGCGGGUCUCCUUUCCGCCGCCGAGCGGACGAAGCUCAAGGCCAUUCAGCGAUGGCCCGGGGCGUAUAGCCAUCUCUCGGCGACCUUUCCGAAGACCAGUGGAGAGACGCUGGCCAAGGAGCUCUUCAAGGCCAAGGGCAACGAAGAGAAGGCCUUGGGCGCCCUUAAAGACCGUCGAGCCGCCAAAACGGCCGAGAGCGCCGAAGGCCAGAGGACCUUGCGGCUUCCGGACUUGGCGGUGGCAAGUCCCACCGCCACUUCACCGAGCGCGUAGUCGGUGGUGAUGUCGGUGAAGACCGAGCUCGCGUGAUGGGCGGAUGGCGGCGUUUGAUUGGUUGGGCACGUAGUGAUGGGUCUCACGUUUCUC